AUGGAUUCUGGAACAACCUCAGACCGGCAGCUUCGGAGCCACGUGACGCCAAAGCAACUGGAGAGUGUUCGGCUGCUCCACAACGGUCUCCUGGACCUGAGCGAGACGCCGAAGCAUUUGGUCGAAGUCUUUUACAUCAAAAGUGGCAACAUGGAUUUUUUUGGUGCCAGUGGCGAAGCGAUUACUUGGUGCCGAUCCUUGGUAGCCGCGCAAAUCGAUGCUAUUUCAAGCAUCAAGAUCCCCGCAAAGACCUACUUACCGGCUGUGGGAUUCUGUAUUCGAUACUUUGCAGUAACGGCUUACUUCCCCGCCGUCAAGCAUAUCUACGCAUGUGGCGAUUAUCCACUACGCAGAUUCGCCAGGUCCGUCUUAUCAGCGGAGCUUGACAUGAACAGUCGUAGGUUCCAAUACGUAAGCGACGCUCAAGUAUACAAUCGCUAUGCAGGAUGGAGCUAUGACCAAUUCCUUGAGCUCAUUCAGCACACCGUAACCGAGGCCGAGGGGAAAGGUGUCGAGAUCAUACUCGACGGGCCGCCGAAAGACCUUUUCUACUUCCAGCAGGACUAG